UUAUAGGUAAUCGGGUAAUCGAGCCGCUGGAUUUGAUGUCAUAACUCAAUACUCAUACGUUAUUCUCAUCUAAGUUGCCAAAAAUCUUAGAUACUUAAUAUUGAUAAGAUAAUAAUGAUAAAAGAGAUUAUGGGACAGCAAUAAAAAAAUAUUCAGACUACUGACUAGCUACAGUUUAAAUAGGUAACAUAUAAAUAGUACGAGUAUUAGGAACUUAUCAGAAAAUUAUCGUGAGUUUAAUGUGGUGUUCACUCCGAUACGUUUAUCUUCGCUUUCAUUUACGUUGCACAUUGCCCAGUUCUCUCAACAACUUCCACAUUACUGUUUAUAAAUACUACAGCAUAAUGAAAUCGCACCCUCAAGCUUUGCUCCUAUCAUCGUCUAAUUGCCAUGGUUAUUCAUUAUUGGAGUUCGCGAAACAAGAAAUCUGCUCCUUUUUAGGAAAGAACAAUGUCACCGAACUAGUGUUCGUACCAUACGCUCAAAAGAACUACGAUGAUUACACAAAGAAAAUUAAAAAUGUCAUCACUCCCUGGGGAUUUUCAGUGGUAGGCCUCCAUACAUACCCAGAUCCAGCCGAUGCUAUAAACUCUGCAAAAGCUAUAUUCGUCGGUGGAGGAAAUACUUUCUUGUUACUAAAAACUUUGUAUGAUAAUGAGCUAGUUAAUUUGAUAAGGGAAAGAGUUCAUACUGGUAACUUGGUUUAUAUCGGUAGCAGCGCUGGAACAAAUGUUGCAACUAAAAGUAUUCAUACCACAAAUGACAUGCCUAUAAUAUAUCCCCCAUCCUUUGAUGCAAUUAGCAUCGUGCCAUUUAAUAUAAACCCUCAUUAUAUUGACAAAGUUGAAACAGACACUCACAAAGGUGAGACAAGAGACCAAAGAAUAGAAGAGUAUAUGGAAAUGCCUCAUGCAAACCCAGUGCUUGGGUUGAAAGAGGGGUGCAUUUUGCAUGUUGAUGGAGAUUCCUUAAUCCUGAAAGGAGUUGCUGGUGCUGUUCUCUUUCAAGUUGGAGACAAGAAAGUUGAAUAUCCAGUUGGAGCAGAUGUGUCAUUUUUAUUAGACUGUACUAAAGAAGCUAAUUAGUAUUGCCAUCUGUAUUAUUUUAAUGAUUUCAUUAAGAUUAAUUAAUAAUCUUUUAUAUUACAAGUGUUGACCACAUUGAGCUGUUUUAAU